CUCACCUGCAGAGGAGCAGCUGCUGAACGGUUUGUGUCAUGAGUGAGUGAACUUCAAUCAAAAACAAGCAGAAGGUGAAGGUGACAGAGAGAAGAUUUGCUGCUUAAUUUGUGGAUAUCCAUCCCUGGGCUGCUAAGUGUUGGUGCAGGUUUGAUGCUUCAGAGGGUGCUCAUGCCAUAGCAGCUAUGCUGACCAGCUUGAGAACCAUGCCACACGGCAGCCAAUGGCUGGAGAUUCAAGAUUUGGGUCAACCCCUUGGGCGAUCUGAGGUUUUCGUCAGAGGCUCCAAUUCAAAGCCAGAUACCGUUAUCCAGACAACCAGGUUCAGCACAUGGACACCAGUGAUACAUAAGGCAGCUAAUCAGCAGCUCUUUGAUGAGAGAGUGACUCUGGUAAGUCAUUGGUUUGACCUGUGGACUGACAAACAGAGGAAGCACUUUAUACAGAGUCUCCUAACGCGCUGCAGUAAAUCGCAACUCAGAUUCAUUCAGAAGUGGUUUGCAGAGACUGUGCCAGGGACCAGCCUCAAUUUCACCACCAUUCUGCCACGGUUCCUGUCGCUUUACAUCUUCUCAUUCCUGAAUCCUAGAGAUCUGUGCUCCAUCUCCCGGGUCAACUGGUACUGGAGGUUUCUGGCAGAGCAGGAUUGUCUAUGGAUGCCCAAAUGUGUGAAACAAGGCUGGUUCCUGCCGUACACACCCCCUGAUCAUGAAUACGGGGCAUGGAAACGCCAUUAUGUGGUGUGUGUUCGCAGCCUGGACUACCUCACCCCAACAGAGACAGCCAAGAUGUAUGGGAUCCUGGAAGAACCCAAGAAGAAGUUGGAGAGCAGCGAGGAUGAGUGGAAUGAAAAGUUCCUGAGGAGGUUAAUUCGGGACAGACUGGCUGGUAGGAAGAAGGAAUUACUGAGGUCCCGACCCCCUUGGUUGUGUGGGAAAUGGAAUUCUCAUCAUCGCGAUAGAAGAUCCCAGACAGAGCUGGUGCAUCCUCACCUCAGUGCCGCAUUAUUGCAGCUAAUGGUAACACCCAGGAGCUUUAAAGAUGGAGUACACAGUUCCUACAGGGAUAAAACCCUCCAGAUGAAUGUGAGCCUUUCCCAACUCCUGAGGGAUGAGAUCAGAUCACCAGGUUUGUGGAGUGCGACGCUGGAGAAGGGGCAGGUGCUGGGAUCACUCCGAAUGUUGUGUAACAGGAAAAGCCUGGCUGGAGGAGGGAGCUACCCUGUGCUGCCUCACACCGAAACUGCACAACCAGCAAGUAACAGCUCUGACCAACUGCGGGUCAUCCUCAUAUCAUCCAGGAUUCCAGCCUGGGAGAUGGUUGUGGACUGUGUGAAGAUUGGCGUGGUGCCCAUGAUAUAUGAGCACUUUGGGACGACACUGGACAGCCUCAUGUACCGUUUGGAAAAGAUGCUGAGGGGCCGAAGAGCCAGGAGCAUUGGGAUCGUUGCUGAGGGGGACUCGACUGAGAUCGACUUGGUACGAGGUUGCAAAAUCAGUUCAAAAAAUCUUCCAAAAGCCGAGGUGAGGGGAUUCUGGGAGAAUCUGAGUGGCUGCGUAUUGCCACAGGAAGAGGGAGGCCGUAUCGACAUCUUUGUGCCAUUGGCUGCCUCAGAGUCAGGAUUGGAGCUCCUUUGCCAGCUGUCAACACUGACUGCUGUGUGUCACAGCUCACCAACUGGGAUAGCAACAGGAUCAUACCAGCACAUUUUCAGUGAGUGGCUGGGGAAUGAUGGGGAUCCGGCUCCCCCAGCCAUGUACUUCAAUGAGGGGAAGCUGCAGGAAUGGAGCAGGAUGGCACAAGUGCAGGAAGAGAUCCUGAGGACAGUCCGCAAGCAAAUGAGGCCGCAUUUCAGACAACAGCAGCGAGACGCCUGUGCAAGGAUGAUUGGGCAGCUCAUGUUUGACUCAAUGAGUACAACUCAGAUGCUUCAGAACCAGGAAAUAGUUCAAAUCUUAACUGAAGGACUGAUCACAAUGAUGAAGGAAAAGCAGGAGAACCCCCUGGGAUUUCUUGCUGACUUUCUUCACAGCCAAUCGGGGAGAAGCAAAUUGUUUAAAGUUGGGGAAACAUUCUUGACACAAGGUGGAAGAGGGAUUGAAAUGGUGAAGGAAGAGGAAGUGGGUGCAGCUGGCAGCCAGGGUCCUCCGGCUCAGCCAGUUCGGGACUUUGAGAAGACUGUCCAGGAGCUUAUUUUCAUGAACAGAAGUCCGCCUGGUGAGUUUGUGGAGAAACGGACCCAGUUUGCCAGGGAGACCUUGUCAAGUGAGCAAAGCUACGUGCAGACCCUGGAAAUUGUGAAGGACAUUUACUGGGUUCGGCUGAGAGCAGCACUGGCUUCCAACCAUGCAAUCCUGAGCGUGGCCAAUAUCCACAUCAUCUUUUCUGACAUCCUAUCGAUCUUGGAACUCAACAGAGGUUUACUGGGGGACUUGAGAAAGCGCCUCAGUGAGUGGGGUCCAUCACAGUGUCUCGGAGACGUCUUUGUGAAGUUCAGCACCAGAUUGACAAACUAUACCAACUUCUUCAACAACUACAGUGCCAUCCUGAAGACUAUUGAUAAGUGUCGAAACACUAGCACAAGUUUCCGUGCUUUCCUAACCAGGCAUGACCGAUCAGCGAUGACUAAAAUGCUGAGUCUUCAGGAAAUGCUGCUGAGUCCCAGCUGCCGCUUCGAGGAGUACGUGACGCUGCUGAGCGCACUGAGGCUGCACACUCCCAUCCAACACGUGGAUCGCCAUGACCUCUCUGCAGCCAUCGCCAACCUCAAGCGCUUUCGGGAUUACAUCCAGCAGCUGAAAGUGCGGAGUCAGAGAGAUCAAGAGAUAAUGGAAGCCCAGAGAAGCAUUGCUGGCUGUCCUAACUUGUUGGAGGAAAAUAGGUACCUGAUUCAGGUUCAGGAAGUGGCUCAGAUGAGUUGUCUUGAUGGAAAGAUCUGCCCUUCUUUCAGGGUUUAUGAGCACAUCAACAAUAUGAAUCUCUUCCUCUGUAACGAUGCCCUUGUUUUCACCUCAAGAACUGUCUCUCACCUGCCCUUUGAACGAACUCCAAAGACGUCUCUCCAAUUCCUGGCAGCUGUGGCCCUCUGCAGUCUGCUCAUUGAAGACAUCCCAGACUCCAAAUAUAUCCAAAAUGCAUUUGUUCUGAAAGGACCAAAACGCCAAUGGAUUUGUGCUACAGAGACAGAGGAAGACAAAAUGAUCUGGGUCUCCUUGCUAGCAAAUGCCACUCAUGCUGCCAUCAAAGAUACUUGACGUCAGAUGAACUAUCAGUUGCUGAAACCUUUCAGCAGGGUUAAGAGUGCACUAGCCAAACAUGUCAAAUCAUACUUAGAAUGCAGUAAUUUCUCCGGCUUCACGUUUCAAUCAUGUGGGCUGCGCAUUUUAUUAACUUUAAAUGAAAUGAGAAUGCUUUCUGAAGAGUGAGAGAUGUGUUUCUGAAGCUUCUUUCAACAGGACAAAUGCAAGAAUGCCAAAUUUCAAAUGAUCAUAGCAAUUUUUAAUAGAGGGUAAGAGUGCUGAUUCAUUGGCUCAUAUGGAAAAAGCAACAAGGAACUAAAGGCUGAAGAUCCUGGAUAAUUUGAAAAAGGCACUGGGCUUGGAUGCAUUCCUUUUGUUUGCAGAGAAUAGGUCAUUGUGCGUGAAUGUAUCAUUUCUAGCUAACGUAUCUGAGUCACAUU